AUGGCGCAAGAGGAAGGGGGAGAAGUAGAGAGGAGGAGCGAAGAGAAGACCAACAAGCAGUUGUUCUUGAGACUCCUGAACUUCAUUUCUAACGAUGACAAGAAGACGUUGGCUAUAGCGUGCAUCGCAAUGUCGCUCACCUCUGUCAAUAAUCUUGCCUUCCCGAAGAUCAUAUCCAACUUGAUCGAUAGCAUGUCAAACAGCUCCAACACUCAAGCCAAACGAAAACUAGUCGUCUCAUCGCUCAUCAUGUUUGCAGUUGGUGCAGUUGGGUCAUGGCUGAGGACUUAUCUGUUUACAAUCGCUUCAGACUCUGUGUCCAAAAGGCUUCGCGUCGAGCUCUUCAAGGCGAUACUGAAGCAAGAAUCGGGUUUCUUCGAUCAGACACCGGUGCAAGACAUGCAGUGUAGAAUGACCGAUGAUGUUCAAGCCAUGGCAAAUGCGACGACAAGCAACUUCGCCAAGGUGUACAGGUACACGAACUCAGCUCUAGGUGGCUCGAUCAUGCUUUUCUCUAUCUCACCUCGGCUUACGGUUGCGACACUGGGAGUAGUUCCUCUUGUCGGGGUCACGGGGAUGCUCUAUGGCAUGAGAGCCAAGAAGAUGUCCAAGAAGAUGAAGGAAAACAUCUCCCGCAUCGCAAGCUCGGUGGACGAAAAGCUGGCCAACAUAAGGACUGUCAGACUUUUUUCAAUGGAGGAUUAUGAGGGCGAAGAGUAUGCAAACUUGUUGAACUCGACCCAAGAAGACGUGAAGCAUGCUGCUCAUGCAGAAGGCUUGUUUCUAGGCGGUCUUGCAUUUGGGGGCUUCACCUCCUUGCUUGGUGUCUUGUACUACGGAGGGACUCUUGUUGAAAGGAACCUAAUCACUGUCGGGGCCUUAACCUCCUUUGCCAUGUACAGUGCGACCGUCGGCCUAGGAUUCUCAGGAUUAUCUCAGGUGUACGCUGAAACCCUCAAGGCCUUGAGUAGCGCUCAAAGGGUCUUCGAGAUUCUAGAUCGAAAGCCUUCAGUGAAUCAGGACGAUGGCAGAGUCCUAGACAGCAUUGAAGGAAAUAUAGAAGUGUGCAAUGUUUGCUUUGCCUAUCCAUCACGACCAGAUGCGUUGGUUCUCUCUGGCGUUACUAUUCAACUUCAUAAGGGAGAGACGUUGGCGUUGACAGGUCCGAGUGGUGGCGGGAAGAGUACCAUAGCUGCGUUGAUCACGAGGUUGUACGAGCCGUCGAGUGGGAAGAUAUUGUUAGACGGAAUCAACAUGUCUACACUCUCUGCUUCAUGGAUACGGAAGCAGAUUGCUGUUGUCAACCAAGAUCCGAUCCUAUUCUCGGAUACCAUUGAAGCUAACAUUGCCUACGGCCGCCCGCAUGCCAAACGGUCCAUUUCAGAGUUUGCAACUGUAGAUAUUCAAGAUGCUGCGAGAAGGGCCAACGCCUUGUCCUUCAUCGUCGAUCUGCCCGACGGGUUCCAAACGCAAGUUGGGGAGCGCGGGAGCCUGCUUUCGGGAGGGCAGAGGCAGCGAAUAGCGAUUGCCAGGGCGAUGAUUCGAGACCCUAAAAUCCUGAUCUUGGAUGAAGCAACCAGUGCGCUAGACAAUGCAAGCGAGCAGCUGGUGAAAGAAGCCUUAGAACGUCUGAUGGAGGGUCGUAGCACGCUCUUGAUCGCCCACAGAACUUCGACUCUCGCAGGCUCGCAGAGGAUCGCUGUAAUCGACGGAGGAAGGAUUGUCGAAGAGGGACACUACGAUGACUUGAUUUCCAAACGGGACAGUAUUUUCUCGCAUCUUAUUCAGUCUCUACCAUGCUGA